UGAACUGGAUCCAAUAAGACCGAAUGCAAUAAUGAUUGAUCUUUAAUUCUAAAAUGUUUUUAACUAUUGGACCAUAGUCCUCGUGAAUUUGUUUCACUCGAUACUGUUGCACACCGUCCCCUACCUACAAGUAGAAAUUGUGGAAACGGUAAAAAUUCAUAGAACUAAUUUUAAUCGCUGUGAAUCAUGAAAUUAAAUAACUUCACAAACAAAAAAGAAUAAAUCGGUGCAUGAAGGAAUGGACUGAUUGUAAAGGUAGCUAGCUUUGUGAUCCGGUAAAGUGAAGUACUUGCUUUAUCCCCCCCGGAAAAAAAAAAUGGCUUAUAGUCGCUUUGUGAUCAUCGGAAGCAAAGUGGCCAUGGCGUCGUGACUCCACUAAAAAAAAAAAAAAAAAGAACACCUAAACAAAUAUUUUCCUUGCGGUAGGGGCAACAUACUCUUCUUCUUCUUCUUUAAGUAUGUGUGAGGCCACCAUUAACGUUUGCACACCACUCUUUUCCAUGUUUCAUCCACUCACUCCAUCCCUGCAAUGGCGAAAUCACCAGUAGCAGACCGCAACAACGUGAUCCGACCGCCGACGACAAAAGCAAAGAGCAACAACAACAGUACUAAGCAUCGCAUGGCAAAGCUCGCCAUCUUUCUCUUCACCAUCUCCGCCACCGCCCUCUUCUUCUACCUCUCCGAAAUCCAGUCCCUCCACCUCCGCUCUCCUCCCUCCUCUUGGUUCUCCGACCUAAUCCAUACCAACGCCUCCUCCUCCUCCUCCGCCGUUGUUACCACCGGUGAUCAACAAGCCGACGAUGAAGAGCACCGGCUCAUCAUCGACUCCAUGACCGAAAAGCUCCGACAGUCGGUCACGUUCCUCCCGCUCAAGGACCUCCGUUACUCCCCCGUGCCCUUAGAAGGACACACGUGGUUCAUGAGCUCGUUGUUCGACUUCCAGGACGAGGACGGCGGGGUCCAGUACCAGGAGUUCCCCUUCGUCUCCGACCCAGCGAAGGGGAACUCCCUGGGACGGCUGCUCUGCCUGAAAGGCAGAGACACCCACGACGGGUCGUGGAACUACUACGCGCUGGCAUGGAAGGAAGCCCUUCCGGUCAACGCCACCCUGAUGAAAGGGCUGACAUUCGUGUCGUACAAUCAUUAUGAUUACGGCAACAUCUGGCACGGGCUGUCGAGCCUCGUGCCGUUUGUUGCCUGGCACAGAGCCCAUCGGUGUGGAGACUCUUCGUUUCCGGACAGGUGGGUUCUGUACCACUGGGGGGAGCUCAGGUUGGGGAUGGGGCUCUGGCUUCAGACAUUGACCGAGGCCAUAUUUGGGGGCGAGGGCCCGCCCAGAGUGGAGGGGUUUGAAGGGAUUGGUGAGGACCAACCGGUCUGCUUUGAGAAAGCUGUGGUGAUGAGGCACAAUGAGGGUGGGAUGUCGAGGGAGAGGAGGAUCGAGACCUACGACCUGAUGAGGUGCAAGGCUAGGGUUCACUGCAACGUCACCCUAGAUCGGAGGUCGACCGACGACCAGGGGGUGCCUGUGAUCGGGAUGACUCUGUUCCUGAGGACCGGGGCAAGGUCGUUUAGGAAUGAGAGUGCAGUGAUUAGGGUGUUUAGGGAGGAGUGUGGGAAGGUGGAUGGGUGCAGGAUGCAGGUGGCUUACUCCAAUAAUCUCACCUUCUGUGAACAGGUGAAGUUGAUGAGCUCGACCGACAUUCUAGUAUCACCACAUGGAGCUCAAUUGACAAACAUGUUCCUAAUGGACAAGAACAGUAGCGUGAUGGAGUUCUUCCCCAAAGGAUGGCUCAAGGUCGCCGGCGUAGGACAGUUUGUUUACCACUGGAUUGCAAGCUGGUCGGGGAUGAACCACCGUGGCGCGUGGCGGGACCCCGACGGUAAUAACUGUCCGUUUCCCGAGGACGAUCGCCGGUGCAUGUCGGUUUUCAAGGACGGCACGAUCGGAGUGAACGAGACUCAUUUUUCGCAGUGGGCUCAGAGUGUACUCGGUGAGAUGAAAGCUAGGAAGUUGGAAGAUGCAAAAAUGACGGUGAACGGGAACAAUUUUGAACAUGUCCCAAAAACUUGUCAUUGUGGUUGAUUUAUUAGUACGAAACCUUUUUUUUUUUUUUCACAUAAGGGAAGCUUUUCUUAUUGAUUUUUGUUAUCCAAUAGUUGGCGAGAAAUAAAUGAGUAUUUUUCAG